CGUGUUCGUCGCCUCCUUCACACAGCUACAACACAGGGCCUGCCCUCGUUUCCUCUUGGUGGACUUGCUUUUACCCUGGUGGAGGCUCAGAUACACAUGUCACACCAGCUACUCGUCUCCUUCGGUCUUUUCUCAAGCGCCCUCAUCCUGGCCGGGCUAGCGCUCCUGCCAAGACCAUCUGUUCUCCUCGUUGCCGUCACCAUCUCUUCCUUGUCUGCUGCAGCCGCUGGCCUCAUUGGACUCCGUCUACUUGCCUGGCUUUUCUAUCGUCAGCCAACUUAUACUCGUAGCGCUGGCUGGCCGGAUGCAGCAAAGGAGUCUACAACACAAGGCUCUGCAGAGUACGGAUGUGAAGGAACUGACUUGGAGACAGCUCUUGCCUGGAACCCCGUUUCGGCCAGUUUCCUACUCCUACUGGCAGGCUUGGCGGCCAGGUCGGCUGGAGGUUUGGCUUCGUUUUGUCGGCCAUCGAGAGCUCAAACAGUUCCUCCCAGCGGUCGACACCAUUAUGACGCCCUGCAGACAAGUCCUCCUGACCCUCCUGAACAGGCCCGGCUAUCUCCUAUAGGUUCCCUUAAACUGAAAGGCAUUACGCCAACGAAACGCAAGACCUCUAUCUUCACAGCUAUUUGGAGGCGGAGAAGCUGGUGUGCAAGCGCUGGUUCUUCUGUUCGAAUUCUCUCGGGUGGUAAUUCGCAACUCAUCAGCUCAGGCAAAUAUGAUCGUCUGACAAACUUGGUUGCAGGGCAAAUUAGGGUCACACUUCACGCAUCUGGCUGUCUUAUCCUCUCUGUUAGUCUACUCCUCACCUCUAACGUCGACUUUGUUGCAGAGUAA